CCCUGAGUGGAUAUCUUUGUUCGGCCGAGGGGGUAGUGGAAAGUCCUGCCACUAACUGAGCCGGGUCCAUUGCCAAGAGGCACCUAUUAGUAGUAUGCCCGGUAGACUAAGUAAUCUACAGGGAACUGCAAUUGUGUCCAAGGUCGCAAUAAACCUAGUCGACGUGACUUUGCAUCUUACUAGAUUCUGUGGUUAUUGGGGGUUCUCGUCGGGUCUGCUGUGUCAGCUAUCUGUGCAGAGCUGGGACAGCACACAGAGGGAACACACGCACACAGCCGAGUGAUAUCAGCAUUGGAGAAAGCAGAGCACUCUACCGGUAGCAUCUGACAACACUGGUGACCCCGACCGCUGAUCUGGUGAGUAAGCGAACCUGCCGUGGUAAAAAUCGCAAUCAAACCUCGAGCUAGGAAACCCCCUGAUCCCCUCCCUUAUAAUCCCCACGGAGUUUAAUAACUCUUGGACCCGCUGGAUUGCCAGUAAAGGGGGUCCAUAUGAAUUUAAAAAAGAGAGUGGGGAAACAUGGACUGGUAUAUGUAGAGCGAUGGUAGAAACCAAGGCUCUAAAAAAUAAUAAAAAUAAAAAAGCAAGAAUUCUGCAACUAAUGUCUAUGGUAUAGUGAAAUGGUUGAAACAGCAUGCCACAAAUUUGUCAGGGCAAGUAACAGUAACAAAGAAAGAGUUAAAAGAAUCAAAAGAAGCUACACAGCCCUGGAAUGCUCCCACUGCCCUUGCAGGGUGGCAAGCAGCCCAGAGACAACCAGUACAGGAACAGAGUGAAACACUGAAAACAGCUGCAAGUAACCUACAAAAAAUACAUGUGCCGUCCCCUGUUAUAAAUAUUGGUGUUAAACAGCAGGCUUCAGGUAGCUACCCUGUGCCUGAAGAAUGGGGACAGAAGUGGAAAAAGCUGGUCCUAGUAAAAUUAAAAGAUGAAGCGGGGUCCACUGCAUUGCAACCACCACCUUAUGAUAAAAGCCAGGUUCCAGUUAAACUUAAACUGAGACCUAGACUGGUGCCUGUCAGAACAAGACAAGUAAGUGCACAGAAGGAAAGAGUAGCAAACAAUACUUUCACAGAAUUGGUAAAUCAGAUGAAGGAAAAUAUGGAACAGUUCACAGAGCACAUUAGGAGACAGGAACUGCGACUCGAUCGCAGGAGAGUGAAUAAAAAAGAAUUUCAAAGUAAAAAACCAAAAUUAAGUGGGUUAACACAUAGAAUUGAUGCAUUAACACAUGGAGUUGCCCAAAACCAGUUAACUGCAGCAAAAAAGGGCACUCCCGCCAUCCAUUUGGCAUGCACACAAAAGCAACAGACAUUGGGGGGACAAAUUCAGGUUUUACAAGAGCAGGUAACUACCCCCAUUCUCCUCUCAAAGCCAGGAUAAAAAACAGGGGCGCGGUUCCUAACUGUGCAGGUUCCCAACUGCUUUGACCCAUGAAACCACACUCCGCGCUCAUAUCUGAAAAUAGAACCUUCUUUCUCAAAUAUUUUUACAUACCAGUUAAGUUUUGUCCUUUAUAUGCUUUCUUAGUUUGCUAAAUUUGCUGCUGCUGCCUGUACUUUCAAAUAUCUUGAUAGAGUUAAUCUCUCUUGGCUCAGGUCUCACUACCUUCCUAGGUUGCUAUUCACCCACCCCCUUUCCCCCGCCUCUCCUCAAUUCUGCUCUCUUUGUUUUAAAAGUUAAAAGUUAUAGUUUUUACAGAAACCUCCAAAAGAUAAAGCAAUUGAAAACAGAAUAAAACAAGAAACAAAAAGAAAACAAGGUUUUUUUAAAUUUGUUAUUCAAAGAAAAAAUGUAAGGGGAAACCUCAACAUUAAGUAAAAUGAGUGGUGGGUUAGCACCAAGUAAAAGCACAGUGUAUGUGUCCAACUUGCCCUUCUCUCUGACCAACAACGACUUAUACAGGAUUUUUUCCAAGUAUGGGAAAGUUGUUAAAGUUACUAUUAUGAAGGACAAAGACACCAGGAAGAGUAAAGGAGUUGCAUUUAUUUUGUUUUUGGAUAAAGAAUCUGCACAAAACUGUUCUCGGGCGCUUAACAACAAACAAUUAUUUGGAAGAGUGAUAAAAGCAAGUAUUGCUAUUGACAAUGGAAGAGCAGCGGAAUUCAUCCGUAGACGUAACUACUUCGAUAAAUCUAAAUGUUAUGAAUGUGGGGAAACAGGACACUUAAGUUAUGCUUGUCCUAAAAAUAUGCUAGGAGAACGUGAGCCUCCAAAAAAGAAAGAAAAGAAGAAAAGGAAGAAAAUAGUUGAACCAGAAGAAGAACUUGAAGAAGAGGAAGAAAGCGAAGAUGAGGGUGAAGAUCCUGCCCUGGAUAGCCUCAGCCAGGCCAUAGCUUUUCAGCAAGCCAAAAUUGAAGAAGAGCAGCAAAGAUGGAAACAGACUGCAGGGGAACCUUCAACGUCUGACGAUUCGAGAAGACCACGGAUUAAAAAAAGUGCAUAUUUCAGUGAUGAGGAAGAAUUUAGUGACUGAUUUAUAUAUACAUAGAGUGUACAUUUGUACAGUAUUACAAAGCUGUCUGUAAUAUAGCUUUGUUUUAGAGCUAAAGAAAGUUGCUGCUAAAACUUGUGCUAUCAUAAAUUAAACAAAAAUACUAAUUUCUAAUGAUACUUCUAAUACAAUGUCUGGUUUCAAAUAUCAUGUUUCUGAAUUUUUAAUUUGAGUUUAGCAUCCUGAGUUAGACCUGGAUCCUUCAGCAUGUAACAUUGAGGCCUUAAUGUUUCAGCCCUGGGUAGAGGGACAAACCCAAGGCUUGUGCACCACUUAAGUUCUGUUUGCCAGUGGAGCUUGCUUUGGUCCGUCCUCAUGGGGCUGAAUUUCACCCUCAGUGACCAUUAUUCUAAAGUGUAGGCUGUUGUAAUAGGAUAACUGCAAAAUAGAAUCUAAAUUGCCAACUGCUAUGUUAUAACUUUAGUCAGUGUUUGUGAAACAAUUUAGCAAGUUGCUGUUAUUUAAGAGGAACAUUAAAAGGCUUUAUUCUGUUUUUGUUCUGGAUCUAUGUACAGUUUUAGUAAUUAAUCAUUGCUUAUCCUAAAACUACUAUUGAAAAUACAAUCUUUCUGGGAAUCACAAAAGUUAAGUGAGAUGUGGUGUUUAGGAAUGUUGUUUACUGAAAAUCUCCAUGAGAAUUUUUUAAAGAUUGCUGGCAAUUUUAUUUUAAUGCAUUAGAGGAAUAUGUGUAUUUUUAAUGAAUAUGCUUUCUUUUUUUAAAUAAAUAUUUGAAGACUCUCAGUGGA